GGCUUGAACAACGUGGCACAGUUCCCUCUGUGUAAAGUUCUUUUUACCUAAUUUUGUAAUGCUGAUUGCUCUUUUAGAUUAACAUCCUGAGCAGCGUCCUUGCGCAGGCCCCUCCCGGCGAGUUCAGUGAAGUGGUCAAUGAUAUGCGGGCUUUGCUAAAUGAUGAUGAGUUGAUAUGUGAGAACAUAGAACGAAUCACUGCAAAAUAUAACUUGGAACAAUUUACUCCUGUUAAAGUAAUGGAGCACAAAGAAAAGGUGCUUAUCACCAAGCAUGGUAACCUUGGGAAUGGAUACUUUCUGGACCCAAUGCAGAAGAUUUCAUUCAAGUUCGAUCACUUGAACAAAAUUGUUUCUGACAUCCAGCCAUGUGCAUUAGAUAUUUCUAUAGAGAGUUGGAGGAGAGCUGUAGAAUGUGCACUCAUUAAUUAUGUGAAGAAGCACUACCCAGAUGGAAACUGCUCUGUAUAUGGACAAACUUACGGCAAUAAUAAAGUUAUCACUGCCUGCAUUGAAUCGCAUAAAUAUCAGAGAAAUGAGUUUUGGAAUGGCUUUUGGAAAUCUGAAUGGAAACUUAUGCUCUGCCCAUCAAAUGCUGAAGUCACAGGUACAAUUAAGGUGCAGGUUCAUUACUUUGAAGAGGGUAGCAUCAAUUUGACCAACAAUGUUGACGUGAAACAAAAUCUUGCUGCAAAGAAUGAAUGUGAAGGAGCUGCAGAGUUUGUGAAAAUUAUUGAAAAUGCUGACACUGAAUUUCAGCUUGGUCUGAUGGAGAAUUAUCAGAAGUUGGAUUCUCUGCUUAAGGGGCUUCGGCGCCAGCUGCCAUUUACACACACAACAAUUGACUGGAACAAAAUAAUCAAUGCCAAGAUUGUCAGAGAGGUGGACCUAGCACAGGCAUUGCAAGAGUCUAAAUCUGAACGUUUGAAUUUUCAUUGAUAUCUUUGGUGUCUGACUCUCUACAUCACAGUCAUUAUGUUUAAAAAUUAAAGUGCACAA